ACCUUGGUGCGGAGCAUCCAUUCCAAGGGCUGGAUGCAGGAUAGAAUUAUCAGGUAUCCACGUCUUGGAGCAUUUGAGGUAUGGCUUUGUUUCCGGAGCAGCAGAGAAGAGGUCUUCUCGAAGUUGAAGACUGGGCGAUGGCCAAAUCCCCAAUGGUUGGCUGAGCGAAUCCUGAAGGUCGCUGAGCGCUUGAACGUUUGGGACGAGGCGUCUCCUUCUAGCUGCUCUGUGUUUGCAGUUCCUGAGAAGGCUCCGAGCGGCUUCGUCGCGUCGAAACGGUCCGAGGUCACCUCUGCACCGAGAUUCGGCGUGGCGGAGGUGGAAGAUGGAGCCAAUGUCAAUGAUGCUAGCGCAGCAAAGCCGGCAGAAGUGUUGGCCGCUCCAAGAGCGAAUGAAACAGCAAAGUCUGUCAUUGAAGUGACCAAGGCGCCUGAGGUGUCGGCAAAGCCGAUUGAGCUCCCUGGCGCCGGAAGCGACCUGAGCAGUCGAUUGAAGGAUGCCCAGCCACUCACAAAUGAGGCCGAAAGCUCGGCUGCGAACAUGCCAGAUACCAAAGCUGACCCAAAGCCAGAGAUGGAACAGGAAAAGAAGGACAAGAAGGACAAGAAGGGCAACGAUUCUCCAUGGGAUGAGGAAUUUGAGGACUUUGAGGAGUUUGAGGAGGAUGGGCCUGCAGAAGAGACUUCAGCAGCUGUUCCCACAAAUGAGGAUAAGGGUAAGUCUUUCGCUGUCAGGGUUCCAUCUGACCAAGAUGAGUAUGCUACUGACUUUGAGGAAGAUGAUCAUCCGGAGGUUGCAGGUCUUGGCAGUAGCAGUAGUAGAACAAUUCAACCCGCAAAUGUCAUGGAAAAAACCAAUGUCAAGGAGGUUGAAACGGUUGAAGUUGAAGGGCAAGUGCCAAAAACAGGAGACGUAAUCGCAACUUUGCCAGACUCGCAGGGAGACUCUCAACCUGCAGAUGAAACAGACAUGAGAAGGCAACCAACUCACGACUGGGAGGAGGACUUUGAGGUAGACGAUGGAGAAGACCCUGCAAAUGGAACUGCUUCAAAAGCUAGUGCAAAGGAUACUACAGAGCCUUCAAUGACAACAAAUGUGGCCUCGAAAAAUGAAGUUGAAAGCGAACCUACGGAGGAGAGUCCAGGUCCUGAAAAGGCCACGGGAAGUGAAAGCAGCUUGCUGCCGGUCGAAGCGCAAACUCUUGGUACAUCAGUGCCAAGCUCUUCUCUGAUGGCAUCACAGUCGGAGAAUGGCAACCAAAUGGAUGCGUCGACCGGACAGAAAGCAACAACUACCCCGCAAGAGGAGGCAGUGCUACCAAACGGAAGUACGGCAUCAGAAAUUGUUCCAGCACAAAAAGGGUUUGGACCAGUUGACGAUGAUCAUGACAGCUUUGAGGAAGACAGGAAUCCUGGAACUUUACAAGCAGAAAUGGCCAGCAGGACAGAGACUGAAGUUGAAGAGGGGGACGUGGAAAUUCCUGAAGUUGAAGAGGUCUCGUCACCGAUUGAGCUCCCGAGCGCUGAAGCGCGAAGCAAGCCGAGCAGUGAGUUGACCAACCUGGAGUACGCGCAACAAGCUGAAAAACCGUCGACGGAUGUCAAGGCUGAAAACUCGCUCAUCAAGCAGUCCGCAGAUGGCCUUGAUAGUAGUGAGGGCAAGGGAAGGUCUUCCGCUGUCAAAGUGCCAGAGGACCAGGAUGAGUAUGCUGAAGCCUUUGAGCAGGAUGAUCAUACAGAAACUGCAGAGCCAGAGAAGGCCAAUGUCAAGGAGGUUGAAGCGGGUGAAGUUGAAGGGCAAGUGCCAAAAACAGGAGACGUAAUCGCAACUUUGCCAGACUCGCAGGGAGACUCUCAACCUGCAGAUGAAACAGACAUGAGAAGGCAAUCAACUCACGACUGGGAGGAGGACUUUGAGGUAGACGAUGGAGAAGACCCUGCAAAUGGAACUGCUUCAAAAGCUAGUGCAAAGGAUACUACAGAGCCUUCAAUGACAACAAAUGUGGCCUCGAAAAAUGAAGUUGAAAGCGAACCUACGGAGGAGAGUCCAGGUCCUGAAAAGGCCACGGGAAGUGAAAGCAGCUUGCUGCCGGUCGAAGCGCAAACUCUUGGUACAUCAGUGCCAAGCUCUUCUCUGAUGGUAUCACAGUCGGAGAACGGCAACCAAAUGGAUGCGUCGACCGGACAGAAAGCAAAAGCUACCCCGCAAGAAGAGGCAGUGCUUCCAAACGGAAGUACGACAUCAGAAAUUGUUCCAGCACAAAAAGGCACUAGCAAUGAAGUAGUGGAGGAGGAACGUCAAAGCUCAAAAAACUCUGACUUUAAAGAAUACUUUCCAGAAGGUUCACAAGCGAAGGUGGCCAGUAGGCCUGAGACUGAAAUUGAAGAAACCAAUUCGAUGGAAGUCAAAGGAGUCGAAGAGGUGGACUCCACCCAAGACAGCUGGCUACAAGCAACCUUGGGAAGAAAUGGCCAAGUCUUGCAGCUUGCUCCUUGUCACAUCUUGCCACAUCUUGCCACCAUUUCCAACCGGGCUACAGUGGCGGUUUCUUCUGAACUUCCAGUCGAGUUUUGA